AUGCCUGAUGGCACGUGGCCCGCCAGUACUGGAGUCGUUCUCUACUCGAAGCCGUACAUCGUCAAGGCUGGCGAGGUGUUCGACGGCAAGAUGCAGACCUUCGAGCGCUCGGACAUCACGUGCUCGGGUGGCGAGGGCCAGAAGGACACGGCCGUAUUCCUCGUCGAAGCCGGUGGUACUCUUAAGAGCGCUAUCAUCGGAAAGAACCAGAAGGAGGGUGUUCACUGCGAUGACAACGACUGUACUAUUGAGAGCGUGUGGUGGGACGACGUGUGCGAGGACGCGCUGAGCGUUAAGGGCGGAACCGCCUCCAGUGUCACCACCGUCACCAACUGCGGUGCUCGCUACGCCUCGGACAAGGUCGUACAGCACAACGGCUACGGCACCGUCAAGAUCAACGGCUUUUUCGCUCAGGAGUUCGGCAAGCUGUACCGUUCGUGUGGCACUUGCGCAGGCAUUGCACGCACUGUGAUUGUGGAGAACGUGUACGCCAUCGACCCGUUGGUGAGCAUCGUCACGGUCAACAAGAACUACGGUGAUAAGGCCACUCUGCGCUACAUCCACGUGAAGACCACGGAUGGAAAGGAUGACGUGAAGGUGUGCCAGUGGUCGCAGGGCGGCACGAAGCCGUCGAAUCUGGGUGAUGGCCCGUCGGGCACGUUGUGCCAGUACUCGGACAGCGACAUCCACAUCAACGAUGAGUGA